AAUAAAGACUUAACUUUAUUAUAUGACAGUAGCUACUUUAACUUCAUUGUUACUGUAUUUCAUGUAGAAAUUUAGUAUUUUAGUUGUCUAUUUUGGAUAUUUCAAAAUGCUGAGAUAUAUAUCAUGUAUCGCGAUAUUGCCUAAAAAAUAUCAAUAUUAUUUUAUAACCAUAUAGCCCAGCUCCAUGUGAAGGGUGAUUAACUACUGAGGACAAAGAUGUAAAUAAGCCCAGGACUUUUUAGUCUAGUUUUGCCCCUGAAAAACUUUAAAGUGUUGCGUUUUAUCGUGUGUUGAAACCGCUGUGUGUUUCAGAUCUGUAACUACCAGGGUCCGGCCCGGGUGGUGGUCCAGCUGGUGACGGCGCUGACGCCCGUCGCUCAGCUCCACGCUCACAGUCUGGUGGGAAAACAGUGCGACAAAGGAAUCUGCAUCAACGACCUUCAGCCCAAAGACUCCAACAUCAGUUUUCCAAACCUCGGGAUCCUCCACGUGACAAAGAAGAAUGUGGCGAAGACGCUGGAGGAGAGGAUGGUCGAGGCCUUCAGGCUGGGAUACAACUGUGGGGUUUCCAUCCACCCCGAGAUCGACGCUCUGCAGGGGGAAGUCCGGGUCCCCCGAGACCUCACCGAUCACCAGCGCAGUGUGAUCAGCAGCGCGGCGUCUCUUCAGGCUAAAGAGAUGGACCUCAGCGUGGUCCGGCUCAUGUUCACGGCGUUCCUCCCCGACAGUGACGGAGGUUUCUCCAGACGGCUGGAGCCCGUCGUGUCCGAACCGAUCUACGACAGCAAGGCUCCGAACGCCUCCAACCUGAAGAUUGUGAGGAUGGAUCGAACAGCCGGCUGUGUGAGCGGAGGAGAGGAGGUCUACCUGCUCUGUGACAAAGUCCAGAAAGAUGACAUCCAGGUUCGGUUCUAUGAAGAAGACGAGUCGGGGUUGACCUGGGAGGCUCUGGGAGAUUUCUCCCCGACAGACGUCCACAGACAAUUCGCCAUCGUGUUCAAGACUCCAAAGUAUCGAGACCAGAACCUGCAGAAGCCGACGUCCGUGUUCGUCCAGCUGAAGAGGAAGUCUGACAACGAGACCAGCGAACCCAAACCCUUCACCUACCACCCUCAGAUCAUAGAUAAGGAGGAGGUGCAGAGGAAGAGACAGAAGACGUUGCCAAACUUCCACGACUUCAGCGGUCAUGGAGGAGGUGGGGGUCUGUACCGAGGAGGAGGAGCAGGUCCUGCUGCAGGAGGAGGACCCGGCUCUGCAGGAGGAGGAGGUUACUUCCAGGGCUUCACUACCUAUAACUACGGUGGAGCAGGGGGAGUGGGAGGAGGUGGAGGUUACUCCACAGGAUACUCAGCUG